AUGACAAACUCGAUACCAAUCAAAGGUCUGGCUGGAGACCAUAGCGACAAGAAGAGUCUCGGGAGAGUCCUAGAGAAAGCACGCAGUCGUGUGCUUGCCAAGGAAAUCGUUCUGCUACAGGCAAUGAAACAGCACUCCUGGUACUUUGCCUGGGAACCUACCACUGGGGGGAGAUUCCCCAGGGUCACCUACGAUAAAUUGGCCGAGCAUGCGCGAAAUGUACUUCAACUUUCCGUAACAUUGGUUGAAAUCGCGGAUUCAUUCCAUCUCACCGGCCCAACAUCCUCGGAAUCGUGGGUCGAAGACAUCAGAAGGCUCAUGACUUCCUUGGACUCAAGGUCCCAUGACGUAACAUUCCUUCUCACGACACUAUCAGGCGCCAUCAAGUCCGGGGUUCCACUGCCUCUUUAUCUUAGAGCGCCUAAACUUCGCCUGCCUACCGUGCUGCUCACUGCUGCUGCCCCUGAUGCAAAUCUUCUUCGUCCUGAAAACUUCAGCAAACCGCUGUUUUCGGCCAUUGCGUCUAUGGAGAUGACUAUGAUGGCCCUGGAAAGUAACCUAUCUCAACUAUUUGCCGGAACGAAACAGCUUGUUGGACAGUUGAACUUGUUGACAGACACCGUCCGUGGUGAAGACUUGCCUGAUAAUAUGGAUUCAAUCAUGGCGAUGGAGAAGAGAGAUUAA